ACGGGUGAUGGCCGACUGGAGUCUCCUGGGCAACUUCUUGGAAGAGGUGCAGGAACACUCAACGUCUGUGGGCAAGGUGUGGCUCACCAUCCUCUUCAUCUUCCGUAUUCUGGUCUUGGGCACGGCCGCCGAGUCGUCAUGGGGCGACGAGCAGGAGGACUUCACCUGCGACACGGAGCAGCCCGGUUGCGAGAACGUUUGUUACGACACGGCCUUCCCCAUCGCCCACAUUCGCUACUGGGUGCUGCAGAUUGUCUUCGUGUCCACACCGUCGCUCAUCUACAUGGGCCACGCCGUGCACACGGUGCGCAUGGAAGAGAAACGCCGGCGCAAGGAGCAGGAGGACCAGGGGGGAGGGGACGGGGAGGAAGGAGGGGAAGGAGGAGAGGAGAAGCAUUAUCUGGAGCACGGGGAAGACAAGGGGGGAGAGUGCGGGAAGGAGGGCAGCGGCAUGGGCAGGGUGCGUCUGCGCGGGGCGCUGCUGCAGACUUACGUGUUGAGCAUCCUGAUCCGGACGCUAAUGGAGGUGGUCUUCAUCGUGGUGCAGUACAUCCUCUACGGGGUCUUCCUCAAUGCCCUGUACGUGUGCCACAGCCGGCCCUGUCCACACCCGGUUAACUGUUACGUCUCGCGGCCCACGGAGAAGAAUGUGUUCAUCGUGUUCAUGCUGGCCGUGUCGGGCGUGUCGCUGUUUCUCAGCGCCGUGGAGCUCUACCACCUGGCCUUUAAGCAGUGUCAGAGGUUUCUGAGGAGGAAACGACAACAGCAACAACAACAGCAGCAACAGCUGCUACAAGGACGCACGCCCUCAAGUGCUACGGUCAUCACCGCUGAACCUGACAGCCCACCCCGUCCAUCCAUGCCCUGCACCCCGCCCCCAGACUUCAGCCAGUGUGUUAGCUCUUCCCCUCACACACACCCCAUGCAUUCCCAAUCCCACCCCCAUCCUAGCUGCCCCCCCUUCAACAACCGGCUGGCCCACCAGCAGAACUCAGUCAACAUGGCCACUGAGCGCCACCGUGUUGUCCACAAUGACCUUGAAACGGAAGACUUCCUGCACGUGACCUAUGAGGGGCACGCCGACACACCCAACGCCUGCACCCCGCCCCCUUCGCUGCUCCAAAACGGCUUCCAAAAUGGUUUCCUGAAGGACAAGAGGCGUCUGAGCAAGACCAGCGGCUCCAGUAGCCGUGUGCGACCGGAUGACUUGGCUGUAUAGCCCCAAUUCCCAACACACACACUGUCCCUGGAUCGUUUCAAACACACACACAAGACUGGGAUGACUAUGACUCAUCUGUUGUGGGGGACUAAUUUGAACACUGCAUGGCACAAGUCAACAAAGUCACAAAGUAUCACAAGUCAUGAAACGUAAUACUCGAACUAAUCAAACACAGCUGUAGAGGGGUUAGUGCCUUCAUAUUUAGCCCUCAGGACUAAUCCACUAAUGUGACUGUCUGAGACCUCUGUCUGACUGCGUCCUAAAUGGCACCCUAUUGCCUAUAUCGCGCACUACUUUAAACCAGGGCACAUAUAGCUUUGGUCAAAAGUAGUGCACUAUAUAGGGGAAUAAGGUGCCAUUUGAGACAGAGACAUUGACUCUGACUGCUGUCGCGGAGUCUCUCCCUGAGAGACAGGGGGGCCUUGUGCCAGACCUGAGAAUGAGUGGGUCACUGCCGCACUAUCAGCUCUGUGACACUGACUGGCUGCUGGGGACAGCUAAGUGGGACAGAUGACAGCCAGUCUGUUACUCAGAGAGAGAGAGAUAUGUGAAGGACGGCUGCCUGUCAGUGACCCACAAACGCAACGCGUAGACGAAUGCUCUGCGUGUGUCAGCUCGCUCUCUCUUACCGCAUGCACACGAACACGAACACACACACUACUUUUACCAGAGGCACGCAGACACUUUCGUCGGCAUACAACACAAACACGCAGACACACCAUGUGAAUCCUGAUGUUGUCAUCACUUCCCACCAGAGAUCCAAUAGGACCUACAGGGAUGACCUACAGGGAUGAAAAAAAUGAUUUUCUUGUGUACUAUGUGUGGUUAAAGAGAGACAGACAAACUACAACCUAUUCUGAUCAGGGCUUUAUUUAUGUGGAGCCAUCAUAGGUUAAAGCAGACAUCACAAGCUUCCCAGGGUGUGGGGAGGACAGAGUUCGUAGUGCAUAGUUCAGAUACCCUGACUGACCUGGUGCCCCGUUUCCCAAAACCAUCUUAAGGCUAAAUUCAUCGUUAGAACCUUCGUUGGAGCAUCAUUAUAUCUCAGAGCUUUUUCUCAAAACCAUCGUUAUUAACUUUGCAUUUGAAAACGCUCGUAAUCUAAUGACUGCCUCAGACAACUCCUAGAACAGCUAAGUGCGUCAGAUGCUUUUUCGCCCUCCCUCGUCACUUUAUACACACAAAUCUCUGCUAAAUAUUGAAUCGCAUGGUUUAUAUGUCUCUGUGACGCCGAUAACUUCAGAACAAAGUCGACUAGAAAUACAAAGAUGCCAAUGUGUUUACAAUUGAUACAAACAAGUGACAAAUACGCUUCAAAUGAAAACCGAGAUGACUGCAUUAAAAUAUAAACAGUAGGCUGCAGGCCUAUUUUAAUAAUAUUGAAAUACAUUUAAUGUUCAAUCAAUUGAGUUCUAUUUUGUUCAGGGGCACAACUUUGGUUUUAGAAGUGGGGGGGACAUAAUAAAAAUAAAAAAGUUUUUAUCCAGUCAGAUAUACACUCAAAACAGCCUACCCGACCGCUCGGAGGAGUCCGCAUGGUCCUAAAGCACAGCGUUGCAUCGUUUUGUAUCAUAUUCCAAUGAUAUGGGGGGACAAAAAUGCAAUUUCGGAAUGUAGAGGGGGGGGGGGGGG